AUGUCCUCUCCCCAGGGGGAGCAGCUGACGGUGAAGCUGCAUGCUAUGGGAACUAAGGGAAGACUGGGAGUACGUGGAACCUGUGGGGAGAUGGAGGGGCCGGGACGCGGGGCACGGUGCGGACGCGGUGCGGACACGGUGCGGGCGCGGAGGCGCGGAGCCGCGCUGUCCCCGCCGGGCACGGCGAUCCGCUCCGGGUUUUGCGGGCGCUCCGCCGUGCCCGGCCGCCCUCCGCCCGGGGAGCGAGUCCGCUCCGCUCCGCGCCGCCUGGCCGCCCCCGUCCCUCCCCGCGCGGGCCGGGGCGGGCGGCGGCGGCUCCAGGCCGGGUUUUGCGCGCCGCCCGCCCUCCUGUUAGAAAUAGGAAAAUUCAAUAAUCAAAGCAAAGGGGAGCGCGAGGAGGAAAAAUCCGGGAUCAGGGCAAGUUUGAUGGCGCAUGCGCGCUGCAGCCUCCAUCCCAAACACACACACAUUUCCCCCGACUUGGAAAGUCACCCAAAGCAGCCCCAAGUGCAGGGCAAAGAGACUUCACCAAGUGAAGAGAAGCCAUCAAAUUCCUUGUCUUCACCCGAGACUGCCUCCGAAACAAAGAUCCUGACUUCUCUCCCCGCUUUGUACACUGGAAUGGACCUUGAAGCCUGUGACUUCUCAAUGCAAGGAUGAAGUGAAUUUAGAGCUAAAAACCAGGCAAGAAACCAGACCUUGAAAUCUCCGAAAGGUAGGAGAGACUUCAGACUGCAAUGGGUAU